GUUACUCAGGUGUCAGUGUGUGUCGUUGUGUCCCCUUGUCAACUGCUAAGAUUUCUCCUCCGUGGUGAAAAAAGAGACCAAAGUAGAAGCAGAAACAGAUGUCCUCGAAAUGUCCAACUCGAAGCUACACCCCUACCAGUUCAAAGACCAGAGUCUCAUGACCUUCCGCCUCUAUGAGAUGAUCAUGACGAAGGGCGGGAGUGUCCUGCGGUGUGUGCUCUCGUGGGGGACCCCCAGGAGGCAGCCGAGUCAGUAUUUCGACGAGUACUUGGUCAAGGAGAAGGGUCUUCCCCGCGGUCUCAUCAGGAAAGUCUUCAACCACAGUCAGAGGGAAAAGAUGAAGAGGGAACUAGGCUGGGAAAUGUUCGACGUGACGUUGCUGUACCAGUGCAUUCAGUUCGGGUGCGACGGCCUCGCCCCGCCGCGGGACCGGCGAUGGGCGGAGAGCGGGGACAGUCUCGAACGCUACGUCACCGCCGUCAAGAACUUCAGGAACAACCUGCUACACGAGGAAUACAAGAUCGACGCGGCCACCUUCGUCCCCAAGACGGAGGAACUGAGGGAACUCUUGACGAAGACACUGAAGAAAGCCGCGGAGGUGUUCCAGAUAGACGGAGGCUUAGUCGCCUCGCUUAUCCGCAAGCUGGACGAGGACAUCAACAGCAUCAGGGACAAGCCUUUGGAAGCAUCCAGUGGACACAUGUACAUCUCAGACAGCCUCCGGCAUUGUGUGUGUACUGAAGGGAAACUCGACAUGAAGAAGAGGUACAAGCAGUUGUCGUAUUUCGGCCCCGCUUCCAGUCUGCUCGGUGAUAAGGCCGUGGUGCGCGUGGACAAAAUUUUCACCCAGAUGAAGAUGAUCAGAGAGGAGAGUGAUGAGCUGAACCCUGAUGAAGGUGACAUUGAUAUCGAAUAUAAUGACAUGCUCGAGUUCUUGGAAAGCAGACAGAGCCAGAGCAGCAAGACCAACACUGCGGUUCUGGUGGAAGGACAAGCGGGUGUUGGCAAGACGACACUAACCAGGAAAAUGGUAAGCGACUGGGCAUCUGAGACAACUGCCAUGAAACACCUUGUCGACUAUGAUUUGCUGAUUCUCUGUGAGUGCAGGGAUAAAAGCAUUGUAUCUCUCACUCAUCUUCUUGAAUCUCUGAUGGCCAACGCGUGCAGAAAAGUACAGCGGGAAGACCUCGUCAAGUGCGUCGAAGACAAAAAAUUGCUUUGUAUCGUUGACGGAUUAGACGAGAUCAACCCUUUAUCGGAACAAGUGCUGCGGCAAAUCCUGAAGAUGGGAGAAACCAACGACGUCACUCUCUUCUGCACGACGCGGCCCAACAAAGUUCACUCCUUUAAGAACUACCUUCCAGAGAACUUUGCCGUCGUGAAGGUCAGGAUCACGGGCAUAGCAGAGAGCAGGAGGGAGGACUUUGUACGGAAUUACAGCCAGGCCUUAUCGUUCGAGGCGAAGACUGAAGACAUAUCGGGCCUGCUCCACUUUUUGAAGAGGACGGAGAGCCGGCUGCAAGACCACUGGCGGCUGCCCUUCAACUUGGUUCUCCUCACUAUUUUGUGGUUCUUGGACACGGACGCCGUGAACCGCUUGACCACAGCGACAGAACUCUUCAUGACAACACACAAGGUGAAUCAAAGAAAAUUGCAGAAGAGGUUGUUUGAACACGAAAAGACACGCAGCUUGGAACCACAUGAACUAAAAGAUAAAAUAAAUAAAUUCCUCCGGAGGCUUUAUAAAGAGGCUUUGAUCAACCAUUAUGGCGACGACACCGUGCUCUCAGAGGCUUCGAUGCUGAGGCUUCAGGAUACAUGCGAUUUCCUGCAGUUACCCUCGGCGGAAGUCCUGGGCGCCUUUCUCAUCCAGUCGACGUCGCUGAUGGAUGAGACCAAGACCAGGUACAGUUUUCCUCACAAGAGUCUGCAGGAUUUCUAUUCGGCGCUCUACAUCACUGAUACUCUAUUGGCUGACGAGAUUGUCCUGGACAUACCUCGCAUCAUCUCUACGUUCGAAAAUGCGCUGCAGAGCAUUGGUGCGCCGACAUACCUUAGCCAAUAUAUCGACACGGAAAAAAUCGAGAAGCACGGAGCCUCGGCGCCGUCCCGGUCCAUUGAGAGCGUCCUCAGGGAAGGGGCGAAGGAAGCUGCAAAGUAUUUUACACAAAGGGAGACAGAGAACAAGGCAGCGCAGUGGAAUCUGAGGGAUUACCAGAACGUUCUAAGUCACUGCGUAAGUCUUCUGCAUGGUCUCGGGGUGACAGUAACAGAGAGCCGGGCUGCGGAAAUCGUAAGAUUGCUGAAGGCCUCGGGUAUUACAGACAGAGAUCAGUGGCUGGACUUGCUCACCGAAAUAAAAUGCGAUGCAACUGUCAGCAAAUACAUAGCCUACGCAAUGGAUCUGACAGACACGGUGAAAGUCACAGAUUCUAGUGCAGAGGCAUAUGCCAGCGUUCUCAGCCACGCCUGCCCUUUGCGUGUCGACAUAUGCAUACGUAACGACCCGCGACAGGUACCAGGACUGACCAAGCUCUUAAGUACCCUCAGCGUGCAGACCUGCCAGGUGAGGCUCGACAUACAAAACGACUUCCGGCAACCCAAGAAAGGCGGAAGCAUUCUCGAGGAAGCGCUGCAGCAACUUUUCCAAAGCUGCCGCGUGACUCACUUCAGCGGACAAUUAGGAAAGCAAGCGGCGGAGAAAUUGCCAAGGUCGAUGGAAGUCCUGAGGAUAUCGAUCACUGAUGACCUCCAAUAUAGAGAACUCAGUCCAGUGAUUUCAAGCCUGAGGUACCGGUUGCCGCGUCUGGGUAUCCUGUGGUUGCACUUGAUGGCUGGCACUGACUCCUCGAUUCUGCAACAACUUCCUCAGAUAGAGAGCUUACACGUAACGCUGAGCGGUGUGGACGAGGCAACAGUCAGAUGGGCGUGUAAAGCUGCCUGUUCUUUGCAACCUGUGGGCGGCUUUUGGUUCAGAAGCCUCAUGUUUCCCGGUAUAGCGAAGAGCGUGUAUGCUUGCGAACAGCUGUUACUCGGCUUAGCUUCGAAGGGCGUCCGAGUCGGUGUCAGAAUCGAAGUGUCACCCCGUCUGACACUUUCGGAUAAGACCUACUUGCAUGACCUUACGCGACCUCGUUAUACUAUAAGCUCGGACGACGACCAGAAUAUAUGGACCUGGCUGCUAUAAACCGGCCGUCUUUCCGUCUUCUAAGUUCCUCUGCCGUUGCAACUCUAUACGUCAAAUGAAAAUAAAUUUUAUAAAAUAC